CCCAAACCAAAACGAAUAGAGUAGAGGGUCGCACUCAGAACUCAGAAGUCUGAAUACAUGCUUCUUGUUCCAGAUAGCAAAGAACAUGGACAUGAAUGAUUCAGUAUCAUCAUCAGAGGGAGAGUCACGGUUUCCUGUUCCAUCAAAUAUUCGUCCAAGAAAGGAUAUAACUUGGAAUUACGUUAAUGGAGGUAAAGAUAAAGUGGGAACAAAAUCAUUAACUUGUAUCUUUUGCGACAAAAUCUUUCGUGGAGGGGGCAUUUAUAGAGUGAAGCAACACCUUGCUGGAACAAAAGGCGAAGCUGCACCGUGUUUAAAGGUUCCCCGCGAUGUCCGGUUUCUUAUGCAAAAUGCUUUGAAUGAAUGUUCACGAAACGCAAAAGUAAAACAUAAUUUGAAUAAAGAUGAAAUGGUAGAAACACAAACGAUUGCCCCACAAACAACUCAUAGAAAGAGGAAAACGUCUUCUAUCUAUAACAACCUACGAUCAUGUCAAAGCAAAGAAAGAUUGCAUGACACAGAUUUGGCUAUUGCUAUGUGGUUUUAUGCGGCUGGUAUACCUAUGAGUGCGGUUAAUUCUCCUUUUUUUCCAAUUGCAAUGAGCAAAAUAGCUUCUAUGGGUCAUGGAUAUACCGGACCUUCUUAUCAUGCAAUGCGUGUAACUUUAUUGAAAGACGCUAAACAAUCAGUGAAACUCAUAGUUGACUCGUAUAGAAAAAGUUGGUCAGACACAGGUUGCACUAUUAUGAGUGACGGAUGGAGGGAUUCUACGCAAAGACCUCUUAUUAAUUUUUUCGUUUAUUGUCCAAAAGGGAUAUCGUUCGUUAAAUCGGUUGAUGUAUCGGGUAUUGAGAGUAAUGCCGAAAGUUUAUGCAAUUUGUUUGGGGAAAUCGUUGAAAUAGUUGGUUCCACUAAUGUUGUUCACUUGGUUAGUGAUAAUGCUGAUGUUUACGAGGCUGCUGGAAGGUUGUUAUGUGAGAGAUAUCCAUCGAUUUGUUGGUCUCCAUGUGCAACUCGUCGUAUUAAUAUGAUUAUGAAAGAUAUAAGCGAGAUGCCUCAUGUGGUUGAUUUGCUUACACUUGCAUCCCAAAUAACGGUUUUUAUUUAUAACCACAGUUGGCCUUUGAAUUGGUUGAGAAAAAGGGAGGGUUGGACGGAAAUCAUUCGUCCAUGUGGCACUCGUUUUGGUACAUCAUUCAUUGCAUUGGAAAGCUUGUAUAAUCAUAAAUCUGAUUUGCAAGCUAUGGUCAACUCUAAUGAUUAUAAGGUCUUGGAGUUGCCAAAAGUUAAAGAUGUGAAGCUUAUUAUCUUGGAUGAAACGUUUUGGGAAAAUUGUUCUAUAAUAGUGAAGGUUAUGAGUCCACUUUUGAGACUUUUGCGUAUUUGUGACGGUGAAAAACCAGCGUUAGGUUACGUGUAUGAAGGUAUGCACAGGGCAAAGGAAGACAUCCAAGAGUUGUUUCAUCGGAAAACAGAUUUGUAUAAGCCUUAUACUGAUAUAAUCGAUGCUCGGUGGGAUAACAUGUUGUGCAAGAGUCUUCAUUUAGCUGCUUAUUGGUUAAAUCCCGUCUUUCAGUAUGAUAAAGAAAAUGUUUGUCUCAAGCGAGAUGCCUUUGAUGCAGUGCUUGAUAUGAUUGAGAAAAAUCUGAGUAAAGAUUCUCCGAAGCUAAGGCAACUAUUUAAAUUUAGUGAUCGAGAUGGUAAUUUUGGUCUACCACUUGCUUUUGCUUCUCUCAAGGCUAUUAAUCCCGAUGAAUGGUGGCGACGGUUUGGUGGAGAUGUACCGGAGUUGCAAAACUUUGCAAUAAGCCAAUAAGAAUUCUAAGUCAAACAGCAUCUUCAUCCGGAUGUGAGCGUAACUGGAAUGUGUUUGAAAAAAUCCAUAGUAAAAGGAGAAACCGGUUGGAGCAUCAAAGGCUUAAUGACUUGGUAUACGUUCAUUAUAACUUGAGACUACAAAAUAGGCUCAAAGAUGAGAGGUUCUAUGAUCCGAUUGAUUCUGAAAACAUGGAUAAAACCGGAUUUUGGGUGACGGAUGAAGAGGCAGAAGGAGAACUUGACUAUGUUGAACUAGAAAAGAUGUUAGAUGAAAAGCCAUCAAAUGACGACGAGUCAUCCACUUCGCAAACAUAAACUCCUAGAGGUUAGUUUUUUUUGGAUAUGAUGACUUGAGUGAUCAAGGGCUCAUACUUGAUGAUGGUGAUGGUGAUGAUGAUGAAUUUGAUAUAUGUAAUUAAACUUAAGCGCUUUUGUUGUUAUUGCGAUCCAUACCCUUCGACCAAAAGCAAACCAAAGUUUUGAAGUUCA